AUGUGCCUGUACCUGCUGUGGAAUAACUACCGUACGCUACUCCUUUCUCCCUGUCUUUCAGUGCGAAUAGUGUUGAUGGCGCAGACCUGGUUUAGGCCGCAUCCGCUUGGUAUUUACCCAAGAGGAAAUGCGAGGAAGGCGGAGGAGUUGUCCGCGCCAAGGUUUGGCACCCUUUCACCGCUUCAGUUCGCCGCCAAGGGCCGGAUGAGUAAAUCGGUGCUUGUGCACAGACCCAGCGAAGAGGCGUUUGUGGAGCUGCUGCUUGACCUCUUGUCCUUUCUCUCGGUGGACGAUCUCUGCCGUCUGUCGAUCACCUGCACAGGUUGGUACUGUUUUAUUCACGCCUCUGACGCGUUUAAGCAGGCGCACAGCCUUGUGUCCGCCAACUACCUGCGUUUUCGUGGGAGCUGGAAAGAGACGGCUGUGCGAGCUUUUCUCCUAGAGACGGCAGAGGCGUCAACCUCUGCCCCCAACAAACGACAUCGCACGGAGCAUGGCUACUCCGCUGCCGAUGCGGUCCGGUUUAAACAUUUUCCGGUGGCUGUAAGUCGUCCCUUUUUUAGCGAUCAGUUGUUUCAGGCCUGGAUGUGCACAAUUCUUCCAUGUCAUUAUCAUCUUUUACCCGCUGUGGAGGGUGCAGCGCGAAAGAGUGAGGUACAUGCGUCAGGGACAGUGGCGAGGUUUCGCUCCCUGUUGAAGGAUGUGCCGCGACUGAGCGGUCUGUCCCCGAAGGAGUUUCGCGAGCGAUUCGAAAAACCGAACUUACCAGUCAUUCUCACGGAUGUGGCCACGCGCUGGCCCUUCUUUAAGAUUCUGCAGGGAAAGUUUGCGAAUUUGGCGGAAAAGAAGGAUGCAUUAUUUCGUCCGGGCGUUGCCACCGACGUCCCCAUGCGCUGCGAGCAUACUACCAUGACGGUCUCUGACUACGUGCGUUACGCGCAGGAACAGUCCGACGAGCGUCCCAUUUAUAUGUUUGACGCGGAGUUUGGAACGCCCAUGGCCCUUGAGUCGCUCUACGCCGUGCCCGAGCAUUUUGCCUGCGAUGACUUUUUCAAGGUGCUGGGGGAGGCGCGUCCAAAGUACCGCUGGAUCAUCGCGGGCCCACGUCGCGGUGGCAGCAGUUUUCACGUUGACCCAAACUACACAAACGCCUGGAACGCCAACCUAACGGGGCGGAAGCGAUGGAUUUUGUUUCCGCCCGGCUGCAUCCCGGCUGGCGUCUUCCCCACAGCUGACAUGUCUGAAGUCACCACCCCCGUUUCACUCACGGAGUGGCUGCUAAACUACUACGAUGCGAGCGUGGAGCGGUGGCGAGGCGUUGGGUACGAGUGCAUAUGCGAGCCUGGCGAUAUCAUGUUCAUUCCCUGUGGGUGGUGGCACUUUGUGAUCAACUUGGAAGACUCUGUUGCAAUCACGCAGAACUACGUCUCGGAAAGCAACCUGUCGAGCGUCAUGAAGUUUCUCGUUGCCAUGAAGUCAUCGAUCAGUGGCAUUGACGAAGAUGCGGGGGAGGUCACGAGUGACGUGGUGCGGAGUCGGCGUGCCCAUUUCGCAGAAGAGUUUGCUGCUGCGAUGCGUGUGGCAUUCCCCGAGUUGAUGCGACGCGUAGAGAGCGAUCUUGCAAAGGAGGUGGAGCAGCGUCGGGAGAAGCGGCAAGGCUGUGUCGCGCUGCCGCUGCUGGACGCCGGGGAAAAGGGGUUUGCAUUUAACUUUUGA